CCUCAUCUAUUUAUUUUUCUGCACCAAAAUAUCACUAUAUCUGAAGCAUUAAGGGUACUUAAAUUCUCGCGGAAGCAUCAAAUGCGCACGCAUCCAUCUUAUACUGAGAAAGUAUUUUCAAAUCAGGCAGUUGUGCGAUACCCGUUGGUUUCUACCUGCAGCUUUAUAGCCAGAGGAAAAUUGUAUACAACCAUCGAUGGCUGAUGAACUCAACAAGAAACAGAGGCAAGAAUGUCUGGAAACAUUCCAUAUCUUCGAUCAGGAUCGAGAUGGAAUAGUAACGACAGGCGAACUCGGGAAAAUGCUUAAGGCAAUGGGAUUUAUCCCUACUGUAGACGAAUUAGAGGAGCUUGUUAGUGAAGCGGAUCCUCAAGGUGACGGGUCACUCGACAUCAAGGGAUUCAUGCGUCUCUUCCAGAUGUUUUAUAAUGAUAUGAAGACAGAGGACCAGGUGAAAUCUUCUUUCCGGGUGUACGACAAAAAUGGCGACGGCUACAUCACACAUUCGGAACUCAAAUUCGUACUUCAGGGUAUCGGGGAGAGAGUCUCUGAUGAGGAAGUCGAGGAUAUCAUCUCCAGAGUUGACAAAGAUGAUGAUGGGAAGAUCAACUUUAAAGAAUUUCGUGCUUUGUUGGAGAAAUAGGAAAAUGGACUCCCUCAUGAUUAUUACUUUGCGUAUUCCAUCCGUUCCUGUUUUUUUUUUUUUUCUUUUUUUUUUCUAUUUCC